AUAGGUUGCACGAACAGUCUUCUUGUGGCACUGAUGUACAAAAAAUGUCGUACGCAGAAAAUCACUUAUUUAUUUAUAUUUAUAUCCUAAAUUAAGUUGCUUUUUUCUGAGUCAAAUACCUACAGAUCCAUGGCAGAUGUUUGCGGCCGCAGAAGACUAUGAUUGGUGUGCAUGCAUGUAAUGUAAAUAAGCCUACAAUCAAUCCUGACCCACCAUUAAGUGUACGGUUGCUCGGCAACCGAGGACGCAGAGAUGACGUUUUACGUAGAGGUGUAUCUAUGGCUGCGGACGACGCGUUGGUAAUCCUGUUGCGAUCAAGAAGAGGUAGAGAAGUGCUUCGUUUAUGAUAACUUAACGUAAUGGUGGAUUACAAAAUACCCAAAGACUGCUGGGCCCACUGUAACGUAAUCUAAAGGAAGAAUUUAUACCGGAUCGCCUACUCAUUUGUUUAAACUUCGCUGCUAAGAUGUAUCACAAAGAGAAGAGCAUCCAGAUCAAAAACAGCGCCUCAGCACUGUACAACAACCUCGGCGUGCUACGUAUCGCCCCGAGGAGCCUCACCUACUUCACGGUGGUCCAUGCUAACGUGGUUAACAUGGUCAGUGCGUCCUGGGACGGCCUCAACUAUUCACACCGCCAGCUGCAGUCCAAGGAGCCAAAUGUUGCCACAAGCACAUCGCUCAUCAUGCAGGCUGCGUUUUGUGCUCUGCCCUCUCGUGAUCUGCUGGUGGUGACCUCUCAGAAAGGCAUCCAGAUUUAUGAAUCUGAUGGCUCCACCAUGGUGUACUGGCAUGCACUGGAUACUCCGGAAACACCUACAGAUCAGGCAGUGUUUGCUCGGGGGAUAUCAGCAGUGGGCAAAAGUUAUAUAUGUGUGGGUGAUUCAUGUGGUGCAAUUCUAGUAUUUGAUGUUCCCAGUAAAGGCAGUAAUAUUACUCUGUCAGAUGUACUGAAGGGGCACAAGAAGUCCAUCACUGACAUUGCCUCAGAGUGCUCAGGCAGCCAGGAGUGCAUAGCUGAUCUCAUCAGUGCGGAUGAUGGGGGCAACCUGUGUGUGUGGAAGUCUGGGGAGACAUUUCAGCGGUUCAACAACAUCCCUGGCUUUGAUAUAAGCUGCACAUCGGUCAAAUUAUGGAAAGGUACAGCCGUGGCAGGUUAUGGCACAGGCCAGAUUCGUCUCUAUGAAGCAGUGACGGGAAUCCUGCACGCUGAGGUCAAUGCCCACGCUCGCUGGAUAUACUCUCUGGACAUUGCACCUUUUUCCGGGCUGCUUCUGUCUGCGGCUGAGGACUCUCUGGUCAGGGUGUGGCACCUGUCAAUAAAACCAGAGUCCCUAAGCGUAGAGGUGGCCCAUUUGCACAAUGAGUGUGUGACGGACACACAAAUCUGUGGCGCCAAGUUCUGUGACGGCGAUGGUUACGCCUUUGCAGUGACGGGGUAUGACCUAAGUGAGAUUAUUCGGUACACCCAGUCGUAGGACUUUGCUGUAGUUGACGUAUAUGAAUGUGAAUUUGGUAAAUUGGAGAAUUUCCUGAAAGAAAUCAUGACCUAGAAGAGACUUAAGCUUAAGGUCAGGUAGACAUUCUGCAAGGAUUGUGGUAAAAUCUUGUUUCAUGAUAUUUUUGUCUAUAAAGGUUUAGAGAAAAUUACAAAUAAUGUGUACAUGUGAAGCUAUAAAAGUUAUAAAAUAUUAUAUUGUUCUUUCUGAAAAAAAGUAUGUUUUAAAUAACUGUACCCAUUAAACAUUUUUAUAAAGAAGAAA